AUGUCUGGCUCAAAACAGCGGCUACAUUUGAACAAAAGGCCAACACGGAUUCUUCUAUUGGUCUCCUUUGUGACCCUUUUCCUGAUUGUUGCCUAUGUCUACAUUCCGAGAAGCUCUUCUGCGGGUUGCUUCUUCUUCUCUACUAGCAGUUGCGGCGCGACAUUUUUCCAAAACGCUCUAUUGUCGUCUCCUUCGAGGGAGUUGACAGAUGCCGAGGUUGCAUCUGAGGCUGUAAUCAGGGAAAUUUUAAGGACCCCUCCUGUCCAGUCAAAGAAUCACAAAAUCGCUUUCAUGUUUUUGACUCCUGGUUCUUUGCCUUUUGAGAAGCUUUGGGACAGGUUCUUUUAUGGCCAUGAGGACAAAUUUACUGUUUAUGUACACGCGUCUAAGGAAAAACCAACUCAUGUGAGCCCUUACUUUGUUGGUCGAGACAUACAUAGUGAAAAGUUGGCGUGGGGAAAAUUUUCAAUGGUUGAGGCGGAGAAGAGACUUUUGGCAAAUGCACUUUUUGAUCCUGACAAUCAGCACUUUGUCUUGCUAUCUGAUAGUUGUAUACCAGUGCAUAACUUCGAGUACGUGUACAAUUAUCUAAUAUUUUCGGACGUGAGCUUCAUUGAUUGUUUUGUGGAUCCUGGUCCUCACGGAAAUGGCCGGUACUCAGAGCAUAUGUUGCCUGAAGUUAAAGAAGAGGAUUUUCGGAAGGGUUCACAGUGGUUUUCUAUGAAGCGGCAACAUGCAAUUAUAGUUAUGGCGGACAGUUUGUACCAUAAAAAGUUUGAAGUUUAUUGCAAGCCAAACAUGGAAGGGCGCAACUGCUACUCGGACGAGCAUUACUUGCAAACCUUUUUUCAUCUGAAAGACCCUGGUGGAAUUGCAAAUUGGUCAGGAACCCACGUCGAUUGGUCCGAAGGAAAAUGGCAUCCGAAAGCUUAUAGGUCUCAGGAUGUUACGUUCGAGCUCCUCAAGAACAUUACGUCCAUUGAUGAGAGCACUUAUGUUACAAGUGAUGCAGAGAGGACAGUAAUGACCAGGCCUUGCAUAUGGAAUGGGGUGAAGCGACCAUGUUAUUUGUUUGCAAGAAAGUUUUACCCCGAAACUCUAGAGAAACUAAUUUACCUUUUCUCCUCUUAG